AUGUCUUCAAAUACAACAGAACUUUGUAAUUUUAUAUCACCAAUGGCACUUCAAAAGUUUCUGAUGCUAUAUGUAUUCCCUAUACAAUUUACUGUUGGUAUUAUUGGUAAUCUUCUUAAUCUUAUUGUAUUACUUUCUCAUUCUAUGAGAUCAAAAACAAAUAAUCUUUUAGCAAUAAUGGCAUUAGCAGAUACAGUUUUUCUCAUAUGUAAUAUUCAUCAAUCUUUUGCACUAAGUAGUAUUAGAACCUUUUUUACAUGGUUUCGUCGUUUUCUUCUUCACUCAAAAUUUCAUUGGAUAGGAUUGACUAAUAUGUGUUCUUUUAUCUCUGCAUGGCUAAUUGUAUUGGUAUCAUUGGAAAGAGUAACUGCAAUAUCCUUUCCACUUAAAAGUCGUCAUAUAUGGAAUUCAAAAAUUUUAACAAUAAUUGUUUGUAGUGUAAUUAUUGCGUCUUUUAUCUUAACAUUACAUUGGCAUAUAACACAUACUGUGGAAAAAAUUAUAAUAAAUAUGACAACAAUAAACACAGAAACAGGAUUAGAAGAAGUUUCAUCAACUAAAACACUACAACAACUUUCACCUAGAGAAGGAAUGUUAAAUUUUUCUAUAUGGUCAUCAACAUUAGAAAUGAUUUUUUUAGUUAUUCUUCCUGUAAUUACUGUUCUAACAUUAAAUAUUCUCCUCGUACAUGCAUUACGUAAACAAAGAACAUGUGAUUUAAAAAGUCAAAAAAGGGCAACAAAAAUUGUUUUAAUUAUAGCAACAACAUUUACAUUAUGUAAUGUACCUUCAGCAGCAUUACAGAUAUGGAAACUUUUUUCACCUAGUAUAGAAAUGUCACUAUUAUUUUUUAAUUUAGCAACAUUAAGUAAUAGUUUAGUUAUAACUGGAAAAAUUUCAAAUUUUUAUCUUUUUUGUUCAUGGAGUGAACAUUAUAGAAAAAAAUUUUGUAAAAUUGUUGAAAAAGAACUUCCUAGAUUGUUUUGGUUAGCAAGGACAAUAAAUACAAAAAAACAAUCAUAUAUACAUAAAAUUUCUUCACAAAAUACUACAUCAGAAAGUAAACAACGCCCUCCUAAGAUUAAACAAUGUAGUGUUAGAACAUUAGAUGAAAAUGGGGAAAUAGUAGAAAGACUAAUCAAAUAA